UCCUCCGCCCGCGUUCGUCGCACAGGCUCGAAUCGUCCCCGUGGGCUUGAAGUCCCCCGUUCGCUGCUGCCCUCGUCGCUCCAUGCCAGGCUGAGAAACCUGCGGACCAUGGGGGGUCCAGUUGACUAGGCGAGCCAGGUUCCGCUGUGCCUCGGAGACUGGUCUGGGUUCGUGCCUGAUCGCUGGCAGUGUGCGAGAGAGUGGGUGCCGGAGGAAUUGUUGCUUGGAAAGAGCGAGAGAGAGAGAGAAAGAGCGAUAGGGAGGGGAAUGUUAGAAGAGCCAAGACGUGUGCGCAUCUUUAGCGCGGCGUUUGAUGCUCUUGAGCUCCUUGCACCCGGCUCGAGAUGUGAUCCUCUUCUUCUACUUGUUCCCUAAUCACUGUUUAGCGCCGUCGGCUCACCCUCAGUCCCACUCAGCCUGGCCUCCAGCAAGCUAGUCGCGCAUCAGUCUCUGAUUCAUGGCGCUUGUUAGCAUCUGAGUGGGUGGGUGGUGGACUGUCGCGUGGUGGUUUAGGUGAUUGGGUCCCGGUUGUGGGCUUGAGGGACGUGGUCUGUGGCAGUUGUAGGGACCAGUGUUUGUGAUGGUUCAGAUGCAAUUCUCGUCUCGAUACCCGGAUUUUUGGUUAUGAUCACUGUUGUUUUUUUUCUCUGUUUGCGAGGCGGUUUAUUGCUUGCAGUGUGAACCUUUGGUGGCUGUUUUCAUCUCUCUCACAUUUCGUAGAUUCUCUUACUGCCUAAGAAUGUGUCGUUACCGCACGAAGAGUCUACUUGAUUAAAGUUUUGGACGAGUUCCGUAGUCUGGACAGGGCAGGUUUUCUUCUCGAUUCUGGAUUUUGGAUUUCUUUUGUUUCAGAGGUUGCUGCAAGAUCACCACAACGGCACUUAUCAGUGCCACGUUCUUGCCUAGUGCCGUCGGAAAGAGAUUGAAACGGUUGCAGUUAAAGAAUUUGACUAGCUAUCUAAAACUAUGCCAGUGAACGAAAUGGCAAUAGAAAGUGUGAUCCUAUUCUGCAAGGUUCGCGAUCGAAUCAGUAGUGUUACUAUUCACCCGACCCUCUAAGCUCAGGAAGGUAUUGCGCUGGCAUCAAUCGUGCAGGAGGUGUCUAGGCUUCAUCCAUCUUCAGGAAUCUCUGGGAGCGGAGGCAGGAAACUGGAAGCAGCUAUCUUACUGACAAGUCAGGAGAUGGAUGGUACCCAUUGUUGUGACUGAAUUAGCUCUUCAAGGUUGAAUAACAAUGCCGGGUCCUUGCUUCUCAUGGGCGAAAUCUAUUUCUUUCAAAGCGAAGUCAAUUUCGUUCAAGAGCGAUUCUGGCUCGGACAUAUCGCAUGAGUCUCGUUUCGGUUCUUUCUCGUCAACUCCUCUCAGAGGUGAUCAUCCCAAGUCCCCUUCUCGCAGUAAUGGCUGUAGUCAAGGUUGUACUCCUUCGAUCGCCAACCUGAAGGAAAUGCUGCAAGGGAAUAGCACGCUGCUUGGUAGCAGAUCUGUGUCUCAUCCCUCUACCUGCGAGAGCCUUCCGAAGGACGAAGUGGUCGUCCACAAGACCAAGAACGCUGAUUCCCUGCACCGUGCCCCACUGAAAACAAAACCCACCAGAAGUUUCCUGAAACAGUAUAGCAUUUCCAAUGUACAGGAAGCUACCAGGACUUCGAAGGAGCUGGUCAAUACUGUCGCGAAAUCUAAGGACAAUUUGUGUUUCGUGAAAGGUUGUAGCGAGUGUAGCAUGCACUGCAAUUCAGGUGAGGGUGGGAUUGUUAUUCGGGAUACUCACCAUCAUGACGCGCUCUCUCCGAAGUGCGUUUAUCCGAAGUGUGGAGAGGCUUUUUCCAAGCCCGAGGCGCUGGAGAUGCAUCAAGUCGUCCGACACGCUGUCUCGGAGCUCGGGAGAGGAAAUCCGUCCCUUAACGUGAUAGAGAUCAUAUUCAAGACAAGUUGGUCGGUCGAGGCGCCCUGCGUCAGAAUCGAGCGAAUUCUCAAAAUCGACAACACAGACAGACACAUAUCGGAGUUUCAGAGCUAUCGCGACGCUGUGAAGAAGUCAGCCAGCGACGAGGGCAUGCAGCAUGAGCGAUGUCUAGCAGACGGGAACGAACUCCUCCGAUUCUACGGCUCCUCGUUCGUUUGUAGUCUAGGAACCAACGGGUCUACUGCUCUCUGCAGCAUGGCCUCUUGCAACGUCUGCAGUAUCAUUCGAUGGGGGUUCGCGGUUCGGAAUGAAAGAGGAAUCUUCACUACUGCAACUAGCGGCAAAGCUCACGAAAUCAUCACAGCGAGGGAGAAAGAGAAUUGGAGAGGGAAGCACGCAAUGCUGGUCUGCAGAGUAAUCGCAGGCAGAAUAUGCAAAACCUUAGACAAAGCCUCUAGAUUCAUCGAUGCUUCCUGUCUCCCCGAUGGCUACGACUCUGUGUCCCCGGGCAUGGCAACGAAUCUGGACGAGCUCACUGUUUUCAACCCGAAAGCUGUACUCCCGUGUUUUCUAGUUGUGUAUAGUUUCUAAACUCUUCUUCUUCUU